AUGAAUUCCUUAAAUAUUGCUGUGUUAGACCUAAACCAUCGUAUCGCACAAUGUUUAUAUACUUCCGCAAACGCACAGCUUAUUUAUGACAGCUCAAAUGAACCCACCGAUUUUCAAAUUACGAUAACGUGGUCAUCUAAUUUAGGCCCAUUUCCCUAUUCCGUGCCUUUACAAUCUACUAAUGACUUUCUUCAACGGCAUAAGCGUAAACACAAGAGUUUCCAAAAUAAAAAACAGACAAAUUGUUACUUAAUUUUUAGAUUUUAUCUAUAUGAGAUUCAGCGAACGCAUCCUGAAUUUAAAAAUUUUAAACAAACAGAUAUUUCGAAGCUUUCAAAAAUUAUUUGGAACGACUCAAAACCUAUACUUCGACCAUACUUUAAGUCAUUUUGCGAAAAUCUCAAGAUUGUUAUAUCGUCUGCUAAAAUUGAAUACGAAAAUCGGAAUGCUAACUAUGAGCGUAAUGUUAUCGCUUCAAUCUCGAUAUUGACGUUCGGUCAAAUCCAAGAUCCACGAGAGGAGGUAAUUCCAAAAAAUGGACAAAUCGGACAGGCAAAACUCAAAGAUAAAAAUGCACUCUUCAACACCAACUCUCCAUGGGAAGGUAACGAUCGUCAUUGCAUGGACAUAAUAACGCCGCCUCCGUUUUCGGUACUCGUACCAUAUUAUCACGCAUGGAUUCGGUGGAACAAGAGUGAGGAAUGUAACCCAACUACUCCAUUAACGAACUUUGCUAUAAAACUCUACAAUAAUCCCAAAUCUUCCGGAAACGUGAACAAUCCUAAAGUUAAGACCGAAUGGGAUUUUGAAAUUGCCGAUGGUGUUCAAGAAUCUCAAUUUGAAUGGGAUGUACCACUUUUUCCCGAAGAUGAAGUGAAGAAUAUCAGUUUGUUUUAUAUAAGAGUGCAAACAGAGGCAAAUAUAAAUGGAGGGAUGUAUACAGUGUUUGGAGUCACGGGACCUUUGACCAUUUGGACGAAACCUGAUAUUGUUAAUAAAACUCUUUUUGCACCCGAGGAAAACAAUCAUACAACUUUGUCAAACACAACUACCAGGAAGUUAGUGAAAUCGACGAGUGAUUCCCUGGUGUUUGCGAAACCAAAUUAUUAUGAAAUUAUGUUAAACAUUGUUGUAUUUUGUUGCUUGAUUGCAUCUGGCGUAGCACUAUAUUUGUAA